AUCGUCAGUCUUCGUUUGGGGGUGAUCGCGUUCGGUUGAUCUCGUUGGAAUCCGCGUAGUCGAUUGUUGCUGUUGGCUGUUCAUGUGUAGAACUAAUAACACUGACUAGACUAGACUAGAAGGUGGCUAGGCUCAUUCUCCCACUACCGUGAGAGUUCCGGGAGUCGGUGAGCGACGUGAUCGUAAAUCCGUGAAUAAAUAAUAACAAUCGUAUUGAAGAUGAUAGCUGCUGGUGCUUAGGCAGAUCGGUGAUCGCUGAUCAGUGACUGGAACGUGUGGAUCGAUUCCUGAAUAUCUGGGAACGGCAUAAAAAAUGUGAAUAGAGUAUCUAUUAUUACAACCACUGCUACAUCACCGAACGCCUGUGGUUGGUUAUUAUACUGUCGAAUAGACGAAUCGAACGGGUUUCGCGUUUCGUGGAUUUGGGGAUCGUGCGUGUGCGCUAACGCAAGGGAAAAGACAACAAUGGCGUAAUUAUGGGGUUAAUUGUGUUCCGCAAUUGUCACGUUUGAUGGCGAACUGCUCGAGAGAGUCGCGCAAGUGAAAGAAUGAAUGAACCACGUCGGCUGCUGAUUGUGCUGAGUGAAACAUACCAACUUCGGUACCAACAUUCAUGAUCUGAAUAUUUCGAUCGAAACAAAAAACCAAACAAGUGAAGAAAAAAUGUCGCAGCCUUACAUCAUCGGUCGCAACAGUCGAAAGAGAAGAAACUGCCAGUCCAUAGUUGCUAAAUUCAAUGUCUACGUCAUUACAUAAGACACGCUCGAUUCGUCAGUCGAUCCAUCCGCGUUCAACCACCGGUUUACUGUUAAUUGACCACGGGGCUCGCUUUUGGUUCGACGAGUGAUUAAAACGACAAAAAACAACCCCGAACGAGCGGGCACAAAACGUGGCGCAACGCAAGUGUGCUGAUGAAAAAUAAAACAAGAAAAGUCCGAAAUUUGCUUCGGAAGAAGGUGGAAUAAAUUUGCGGGUUACGUCAAGUGUGUGAAGUCCAGUUCCAAGCUCGUUUUGCAUUAAAUUUGAAUCAACGUCGAGAUACGCGUGGCACCGGUGGACCUACUCCUGAUUUCAUAACAUACGAAUCAUCUUCCUAAAAAGUGAAGUCAGAGCAUAGCCAUACGUAAGGGAAGAAGAAAGAUUGCAUUGUGUAAGGGUCCACAACACGCGGUCAGUGUGAAUGAUCGAAAAAGCGACCUGCGGUGCAGUGCAUUAAAAUUCAUAAGGUCCAAAAGACAUAGUGGUUGGUAAGGUGAAAAGUGAAUUUGGUACCGUCGCGUGUGAUGCGGCCAAGAUCAAUGUGAAUGACCAUAUGAUCUCGCGAGAGCUUUAUGCUCACAAGUGUGCGUGCUGCAGAAACGAUCAACGAAAGGAAAACUCACCACAGUGACUGUGCUGAUCAGCACAGUGCUGCGGUGCAUAAAAAUGACGUCAUCGGAGGGCAGUUGCUUCCGACAAGUGGCGUACCAAUACCAAUGGCUCCCCUGGAUAGUGUGGAUUGGGAUUGCACUAGCACCGAUAGCAGAUUCUCAAGAGCUAAACACACCUCCCGUAAUAGUGGUUGACCGAAACUGGCGAAUACGGGAGAACACGACAGUCAACAGCUUAAUCACGCAAGUUCGAGCUGAGGAUAGCGACAACGACGAACUGGAAUUCGGCUUGGAUCCUCUCGGUCCAGGUCAGUUGCAGCCAUUCGUUAUCGAUCCCAGUACCGGAUCCGUUUACCUCAACGAAAGCAUUGAAGGAAAGGCUGGACAAAAUUUCUUUGUAUACGUGACCGUCACUGACGGGCGGGUCACGUCGAAAAACGAGGUCUACGUCAACAUUCUAAGUCAUAAUGCCACUGGCCUCUACAAAAGCCGUGGCCCCCAAUUCACCCCAAAUCUUAACAACAUCCGAAAGAUCCUGCCUCCAGGAUUCAACCUUCCCCCUGGAUUUAGUUCUAUUCCACAAGCCCCACCACCUCCUCCACCGAUGCCCCCACGGCCAACACAGCCGCUGGUCAUCAACCAGCCAUCUAUUGAGGAGCCACCUUCCACAACCAAACAGACAAAAACUUAUCCGGAUAGACCGGAAUCCAGUACGGAAAGGACGGCCGUUGCCCCAACCAACAGUACCAUCACCAAACUCACUCCCUUGUCCACGACAAACGCACCGGUGUCCACUCCAUCAAUCACAUCGACCGGCACAACUCCGGUUCGAACGAAACCUGCCACUGCUGGAGAACCGCACCCACUGGCAUCCUUCGUGCCAAUCAUCGUUUCAGUGGCUGCCAUCUUCCUAACCGCUGGACUAAUCGCGGUCUGUGUCUUCCGCAAGUAUUUGUGCGCCAUCAGUAAAACACUCAAAAAGAAGAACAAAAUUGACAAAGCCAAAAAGUCGAACCAAAGCAAUCUCAGUAGCAAUAUCACCUCGAGUACGACGGCCGAGGACAGCCGGAACUCGAUCGGCAUGAACCACUGGAGUGGGCCAAUGGCGUUUAGCAAUCGGUACACGUCCCCAUGGGACAGGGACCAGAAUGCGCAUAUGCAGGUGACAUCGCAGCUUUCGACGUCCAGCUCGAACAACUCGGGAAUGAACGGUGGCCCUAAGGACCGAUGGGAAUUUCCACGGCAUCGGCUGAAAGUAUUCAACAUUCUUGGGGAGGGCGCUUUUGGACAGGUUUGGCGCUGCGAGGCAACCGACCUCGAUGGAAAUGAUGGUGUCUCGAUAACGGCCGUCAAAACUCUGAAAGAGAAUGCCAGCGAUGCCGAACGAAAUGAUCUGCUGUCGGAGCUUCAGGUGCUGAAGUCUCUCGAACCACACAUCAACGUAGUCCGAUUGCUCGGGUGUUGUACCGAGAAGGACCCCAUUUUCGUGAUACUCGAAUAUGUCAACAUGGGCAAACUGCAGACGUUCUUGAGGAACUCUCGAGUGGAGAAACACUACGGAAAUACUCACGGAAAGUCAAAGAUACUAACGUCAGGGGAUCUGACAUCCUUUAUGUACCAAGUAUCCAGAGGAAUGGAUUUCCUAACUUCCCGAGGGAUCAUCCAUCGAGACUUGGCAGCGCGUAACAUCCUCAUCACGGAUGACCACACUUGCAAGGUGGCCGAUUUCGGGUUCGCGCGUGACAUUGUCACCUCCAAGGUGUACGAACGGAAGAGUGAGGGACGGUUACCAAUCCGGUGGAUGGCAACCGAGUCCCUGUACGACAACAUCUUCACCGUCAAGUCGGACAUUUGGAGUUUCGGUAUUUUGAUGUGGGAGAUUGUAACGCUGGGAUCGACGCCUUACCCGGGCAUAGCCGCAGCAGAUGUGAUGCGAAAGGUGCGCGACGGCUACCGGUUAGAGAAGCCAGAACACUGCCGACGAGAGCUGUACAACAUCAUGUUCUACUGCUGGGCUAAGGACCCGAACGAGAGACCUGAUUUUCCGGAGGUGGUGACCAUGCUCGACCGACUGCUCCAGACGGAGACCGAUUACAUCGAGCUGGAACGAUUCCCCGACCAUAACUAUUACAAUAUGCUCAAUAUGAGCGGGGAGAAGCUGUGAAACAGAAUAAAAGAUCAAUUUGUAAAUAAGUCUAAAAUUGUGAUAAGUUAUAUUGUACUUACGUAAGUCGACUAUUUAUGAUAUCCUAAAUUCGUUAGUAAUUUCGUUACGAAUAUAAGGAAAGUGUUUGUAAUAAAAUGUAAAUAUGUACCUACGGUAAUAAAGCAUACGAACAAAUUGUCCGCAAA